AUCGAAUGUUGUGAUGUUGCACAAUGACGACCAGUUCAGUAAAAUAUAUGAAGUUUAACUCUGAGAUCCUGAAUACUGUAGUACCAAUGUGUUUAUGGCUAAUUAAAAGGGCAAACAUUACCUUGUACUAGAUAGAGAGCUUGUCAUCUUACAACAUCAAGUAUUAAUAGAUUACGCAUGCUGUAUAACUCAGUGAAGUCAGUGGAUCUACUCUCAUGAGAGUGAGCAAAUUGAAUUCUUAUUUAAGUUUAGACUGUAUUUUUAACUUUCACAUUCUUGCUUUAUUUUAUGUGCCUUUGGUAAAGAGACAAAAGGAGGAAGAAAGAGGCAAGUGAUGUCUUUGAAAGUCUAUCUUUUAGAAAAUAUGCAGAGUUUAGAUUGCUACACCUGGCUUUCACUGAACACUUACAUUAUAGGUGCUUUUUUUAUAGGUUAUUUAGAGACUGAAAGACAAAGUUGCAGCUUUUACCAAUUAAGAUGGUGAGCAACACCUUUAUGGUCCAAGAAUUAUAGAUGACUGAAUAUUUAUCCUUGAUAAUUGUCUAGUAUUCUGUAAUGUUUAUGACAAAUGAUCAAUGACUCUCACUGGAAAAAUGAAGUGAAAGCUCAGGUAAGUAUAGUUUUAAUACCAAAAUCAUUGUUUACGUUUCAGAUAGUUUCCAAUUAUUUAAUUUUUAUUUAUUUAAUCAAAUUUCCCUUUUUUUUACUAUAAGCCUUUUUUUGUCUCAUGUAACAAAUCUGUUACAGCUAGUGUUUUUCAACUGUAAUAUUAGCUGAGAAUUACUAUACUGAAUUCAUAUUUAUACUUUUAUCUUUAAAAAUAUAAUGUAGCCUGGAACGUUAAUGACCUAAGGCCUGAGGGAAGAAUUUGUUUCUUUUAUUAUCAGUGACACAAUUACUUUUGUUUUCAGAGGUGCAUAAAGAAGUAGAUUCAUGGUUAUGAUUUCUUUAUCGCUUCCUUCUCAGAAAGAAAUGAUGUGUGCUCAGCUUAACCCUUCAAGUUUGAAAAUUUUAGAUUAACCCUUCAAGUUUGAAAAUUUUAGAAAAUAGACUUGUAAGCAAUUGUAAUCAAUGGAUCUUGGGAAUAGUCUAUUGUAAAGGUAUGUUCUGUCUAUGCUGAAAUUAUACACUAUGGACUGUGUAGUAAUCCUAUAUGAAAAUACUGGAUUCCUAGGUAGUGAAAGAUCUCAUCUGCUGUACUUGAAACUUGAAACUUUGCGGACGGUUUUCCCUUUCGUACAAUUUUGCAGCUACUGGAAUUACCUCUGCUUUAUCCUGAGCAAAUACCAUGCAAUUUUCUGGAGUUUCUCUGCACCUAGCACCAAAGCUAUUAUGUUGUUUUAUGUAAUUCUGUUUAAUUUCAUCUCUGAAAUUCAUCCAGUAAAUUGUUCAGAUUAAAAGGUUUGAUGUGAAUGGUUCGAUAUGUCUCUGUCUAGAUAAUGUGGUUUUACACUUUGAUUUGUUUCAUUAUAGAAUGCCUAAUGCCAUCUGUCCAUUUCAAAUGGAUCCAGACUUGCAGGAGGCUUUCAAUGAUGUUCAGAAUUCUGUCUACAGAACAGCCCUGAAACUGCACGCAAUACAAAGUCUGUGCCAGUGUUAGUAGAUGAAGAGGAUCUCAUACUUUGACAGGGAGAGAAAUCCGUAAACAUUCUGUGUUGCUGUCACCAUAAGUUAUUAUGCUACUUUGCUCUCUCAUUUUCCACGUGGGAAACUCAAAGUGCAUUAUAAACAGUGAAGAGCCAGAUAGUAGUUCAUAUACAGCUCAAUUUUUACCCGCCUUUGAACGUCAGUGGAAAUACAUUACAAUUCUAAAGGCAUUGGAGAACUGAGUUAUUGUUACUAUCUACAACAUUGGUACAUAGACAUCACUGGCAAUUAUGAAUCUUUAUCUGUAUAUUAUUAUACUUGUUAAAUGUCAAAUUCUUACAUGAUUUAUUGGAAAUAAUCAUGUAUCAUCAAAAAGCAUUGUCAGGUACUAAAAUAUUAAUGAGAAUUCUUAUACUAUAACAUUAUAAGUAUUAUAAUGGAUAUACUAUAAUAUUGAAAGUAUUAAUGAGUAACAUUAUAAGUAUUAAUGUGAACAAACUAAAAUAUGAUAGGCAGAAAACCCCUUGGGUUUGAAGUGAGAAUUCUGUGCAAGCAAAGAGCUGUGGAACAAAGCCCUGGGCACCUAGCUUGUUUUGAAAUUACUGGAUAUAAAUUCUAUAUUGAGCUAGAAUGCAUGGAUAUCUUGAAUCUUCCACUGGAAACAGUCUGUUGAUGAAAACUCCCAAUCAUUGCCAGUGAAUCCAAUCAAUGCUGUUGCAUUUCCUCUAUAAUUUGGAUGCAGUUAAGCAUGCUAUCUCCCUUCUCUUCCUAACUAUUCUAAAAUCACAUCCAGACACUUUUAAAUAAACCCAGCAAGACCAUUCCCAGUUUAUUUCCUUUUUAUGUCACAUACUGUUUUAGAUUUCGUUUUCCAGACUUGUCUUAACUAGGCACUUCUAAUUGGGGCAGAAAAAAAAAGGUCCACCUUCCAUUCAAGAGGAAGCAGGGAUCCUCAUUUGUUUCUCCCUUUGUUUUCUCAUAGUGGAUUUGCUUGAUGUUUCUCUGAUUCAGCACAUCUUGUCAAGUGAACAGAGACAGAGGGAAAAGCAGAUUUCUCUGAAAGAGCAGCAGCUCUCUGGAAUGCUGAAGGAACUGUUCCAAAGGGCAAGAUUAGAAAAACCCAGCCAGGUAGAUCCAAGAGCUGCCAAAUUCACAUUGAGCCUACUAAAAGCCAUGUAUGACAGGUGAGAAGAAGCACAAAUAUGAAUCCAUCACAAAGUACUGCUAGAUCAGGUCUGUUUCUACUCUUCUUAUGUCAUUUAUAUGUGAAACUCUCCUUUAUUGAUGGUAUUUUGCUUAAGUUACACAUAGUGAGAAUAGUUCAGGUAUAGGAAGAUGAGGCACAAAGCUUUAACAGAAGAACAGUGGUUAGAUGUUUCCAGACACACCUGGAAAUCCAGAUGUCUUCCUGCCCAUACUAGCUUUCUGUGAGCAGCUUUGUACAAAGAGUAGCUCUUCUUUUGGCUGCUAGGGUAUUUUCUUACACUCCUGAAAAAUAACCCAUAUUUGCCUUUAUAUAUACACAAGUCAAGAAUUUGCCAGUCACUUUUCAUUAUUCAUUUUUCUCCAGCUUAAAACAUUCAUCAGCCAGUUACAAAACACUACCCCUGUUUCAUAACUAAGCUGAUCAGCUUGCUCCUGCAAAUGGCAAAUCUUUUUUUGGGGGGGAAUAAUAAGCAAGCAGCUUCUAGACUGUAAUUUUCUCAUGUAUUGUUUGUGAAUAAUUAAUUAGUUCACUAAAGGCAAAUUUGGUUCAUGACUGUAUCAGAUUUAAAAGAAAAGGUUAAGUUCAUUGUUGAGUUUAUUCACUACAGAUGAAAUUUGUUCCCUCCUGCAUCAGAGUAAAGCUUUUUUACUGGGAGCGUGAGUAUGAUGUAAGUGGUCUGCAGGACUUUAUCUUGAAUUACUAUUAAUUACAUGAUAUUUAAGAUCCCAUGUUAAGAACUUUUUGUACUUAUGAGAGUACAGGCUAAGAAUAAAUGGGUGUAUUUCAAAACAAGCUAGAAUCAUCAAGAGUGCUUUGUAAUUGGUGUGCUGUAAGUACGAACCCAAGGAAAUCAUUUACAAGAAUGUUCUUUGCAGAUCUUGAUCCUUUUUUUCUGUUUUCCUGGUAAAACAGAAAACGUAUCAUUUUCUUCAUGCUAUAAUGUGUUUUUGAACUUUUUUCACAAGUUUUUUGGUGUUUUUUUUUUUUUUUGGCCAUGUAUAUAGGAUAGAAAAAGCAUCUUAUGCUUUUCUUCUAAGUGUGUUUUCUCCGCAGAGUGCUGUUCUCCACUCUUAACAAUGGAAAGUCUUUCAAGUCAAGAGUAUAUGGGAGCUUUUCCAUGUCUGUGUGGUUGUUUACUUAUAUGCUUAUUAAAGUAUGAUAAGGUAUACAAUUGAAAACCUUUAUGAGUUUUGAGAGUAGCUGUCACAGAUACAUUUUUACUAAGUUUCAGCAAUGCCUAGUGAAUAUUCUGUGUGUAUUCGCUUUCUCUCCAGGAAAUGUUUAGUCUUACAUAGCUUUAAUCUUGGAUUUUCUUUUAUGAAAGUUCUGGGAAAACUGAAUGUAUAAUUGAAAAUCUAGAAACUUUCCAAUUAAUAUGUUUUGUCUUCACAUAAAGAAGCUUUUUUCAUUUAGUGCCUAUGUUGCAAACUUGGGUUCUAAAAUAAAGUUUAUUCUUUAUGACUUACAUUAUUUAAUGGUCAAAUGAAGGUCCUUCUCCUGCAUAUAUCCUUGUGAUUAAAUCAAGUUGGAAUGAAAUUAAAGGAAGUCAACCCAAGAGUUGCUCAGGGCAGGUCUGGGGCCACAAUGAAGCUGGCUGAUGAUAUAGUAGAAAAAACACAUUGUAGUCCUACUUUUUCUUUCAUAUUUGGGAAGGCUUUCCACAAGUGAAGAGUAGGAUUUAUUUUUUUUCUUUAAGGAAAGUAAAAGUAUUGUAAAAGUAAAGUAUUGCGAAGUAAGUAUUGUAAAAGUAAAUUUAUAUCUUAAGUGGAAUGUGAGGUCUUUGAAGGAGGUACUGUCUGUUUUAUAAUUGCAUGGUAUUUUGAACAGUUAAUAUUGUAGUCAUGUUCAAUGACAAAGGGUCCUAGACAUAAAGUAUCACAAAAAUGCUACAUCAGUUAUAUGCGUACAAAAGGAUAUGAGAUUUGAAGUUGUCUUCAAAUGUAGCAAUAUUUUUUCUUAAGAGAUUGCAUUUUUCACAUUAUUGGUGAAUAUAGUGUAAUUUAUUUUAUUUUCCUAGAUCUGGAAUGGGUUAUAUCAAAACUAGAUCUGUUGCAGCUGCCUUAAUUGCUCUUUCAAGAGACACUACUUGCUAAAUACAGAGGUGGGAAGUGUACAGUUUUAUAUACUGCCUAAAAUACCAAAUGUUGAGGAAAACCUACACUGAUUUUUUUUAACUUUAAUAGAGAAUAUAGUUCUGCCACGCAAAACUGCGUUGUUGUAGGGCUGAUGUGGAAGGAUACUUUUUCAUUAAUGUUCAUAUUCAUCUUUGCAUAAACAGUCUCAGAAAAAAAGACAUAAUACAGCUUAAGAUUGCAGAGCUCAAAAAUAAAGGCCAACUUCUUUUUGCCUAUCAAAAAUGAACAGAAACACCCUAGUUUUAAGUUUCACUAGAACAGAAAACAUAUUUAUAUAUUAGAUCCUGGAUUUUUUUAGAGUCCUUCUAACACUAGACAAAAAAUGUUUAAAGAGCUAAACAUAACAGAUGAAAGCAGCCCAAUGCAAUGGGCAGCACAAAGAUUUCUGCCUGAGUUAAGUGCUCAAAACAGAGAAUAAAUGGACCACAAGUGGCAUAUUGGUCUCAUAUUCUUCCAUUACACAUUAUGUAUUUCCUUUCAAAUUACUUGGAAUUGACAAUUCAAAAUUUAAACAGGGCAUAUCUUGUGUAAACUUGUUUAAAUGUAUUUCUUAUAGCCAUGGAAAUGAAUUCAGUGUUUCCUUCACCCUUACCAGUCUUAGCUGCCAUGGAUAAGGGAUCUCCAUAAUUUCCUUGCUUUCCUUCUCCUUCCCCUGCCAGUAGGGGAAAGUGUUGUUACAGCAGUCAUUGAGAGCCUGCGUUAGGUAGACAAGGAAAUAACUUUUUUGAGAGGGUUACUUGGUAAUUCACAAUUAUCAUGCAGAUAGCUUGAGAAUGAGUAGCUAGAAGACUCUUCAGGUUCUGCUAGUAUUCUAGUUUCUUUCCUCUGGUAAUUUUCAGCUUUUUUUGAGUUUUAUGCUGUUCCUGAUGGGAAGAAGUCCUGGAUUACCCGUAGUGCCCUGAGAAGCCUGCUAACAGACUUAAAUCAGAUCCCAGCCAUUGUGGGAGAAAGCUGCACUCUGUCUUGUGUGGAAAUUGCUACUCACAGCUGUUUCCAAGGGGUUCUGAAUUCAGCAAUUGUUGAAGAAAAAUUCUUGUCUUGGCUGAGAUCAGAGCCCGCUCUUCUGCUGUGGCUCUCUACAUGUUACAGAUUAUCAGCUUCAGAAAGUUUCUCACCAGGUUAGAUGCAGAGUCUGCAAGAAUUUCCCCAUUAGAGGCCUCAGGUAUCGCUGUUUGAAGUGCCUGAAUUUUGACCUUUGCCAAGUCUGCUUUUUCACAGGCUGUCUCCGCAAACCACAUAAGAGGUCACAUCCUGUUGUGGAACACUGUGUGCAGAUGUCAGCAAAGGCGAGUGCAAAGCACUUUCUCUGCACUGUCAGGAACAACCUGUUUCAAGACCACUGCAGAAGAAAGGAGGCUCAGAGAAGGAGAGCUCUGGAGAUAACAGAGGAGAGACAGUUCCCUGCUCACAAAAAGAUUGUUCCCCUUGCAGAACUCAGUACUUCAUCAUUCCCUGAAAACCUGUCUCUCCCAGUGGACAGACCUGUCCUGGAGUCACCCACACUUGUAUCUAAAAGCAGAACUGUAACACACAAGAAUAACAGUGAGACGCCAGAGCAAGACAAGACAAAAAUACAGGCAAUAGCCUCUUUUGAAGCAGAUAUGUUAAAAAUGCAUGAUUCCCUCAGAAGUAUUCACAAUGAAAGCAGGAACAUGAAGAAGAAAUUCAAUAAAUGGAAGGACAAAGUGCAAUUUCUUCACAGCUGCCAGGAAGACAGAAGCUGCAAAAUAGAGACAACACUCCAAAGCUUGAGAGCAAGCCAUGAAAACUUGCAAAUGGAGCUGCAGCAAAUAAAGCAAGAUAUAAAGACCAUGUUACAGUCAACCACACAUCCUUCUUUUUCACUGCAUCAGAAUAUGAUGCCAAGAAAUCAGCAUGUCCUUCUGGAAAGGAGAAUGCAGGGUGGAUUAAAUCCUGCCGAAAUAAAUCCCAUUUCCAGAACAUGUGCGGACUGGAAAGCUUUGAAUCGCCCCAACUCUGAAAAUAGAAUGCAGCUUUUAGAGACACCUGAGGUUCCUGCUACAAUGAACUUUAUAUUCUCAGAAGACCCAGUGAAGUCAGUGACCCUGCAGUGUGACGGACUUUUGAUUGGACAGCGUAAAAAAGCAAAAGAGAAUCAAACUUAUCUGCCUGAAUUGAUGGAAAACUCCUGCAGUGGCAUUGUGGGGAAUACAGUUCUCACUCCCACUGCAAUACAGAUACCACCUGAUGAAAAGGAAGUCAGUGAGGAAGUGGAACUGCAGCAGCUAGUGAUGAAAUUGAAGGAUGCAUUGUCUCUUCAAGCCCAAUCAGCUCAACAGUCAGCUUUGAAGCAGGAUUUCUUCUCUGCAGCUGAACAUGUUUGCAGAUCCUUCUCUGACCUCAUCAACCAAAUAACUUUGCCAGCUUGGAAGUGACAGAAACUGGCAUUCACCUUACAGCUCCUCUGAACUAUCGAAGGAGUACUGUACUAACACUUCAUUUGAAUGAAAUUGACUUUACUUCAGUACCUCAAUCCAUCCUCCUCUGUACUACAGUUAAAUCUAAG